ACGAAUUUGUCUGUGGGAGGCUUGCCACAACCAGUCGCUCUGUCCCUGUGGGCGUUGUAAGUGAGUUGCACCUGCCCUGUGACAAACUUCAGGUAGUUUGCUGAACGAAAUACAUCAGAGCGGAAUCCCUACUGUGCCAUCUUUGCAGACGGGUAUUGGAGAAACUCCACAACUGUCAAAAUGUUUAGGAAAAAGACCGCGAAGAACACCGUGAACAUUACUGAGAAAAGACCACCUGAAGGUGAUCUAGUUGCCCUCAUUGACAAGUUGCAGAAGAAUGCUGACAAGGUGGAGAAGAACAUCAUUGAGACAGAACAGAAUCUCAACAGGGAUAUCAGGAAAAUCAAUGAGAGCAAGCAGCCGCUGUACCAGGAGGACACCAACAAAAGGAUCUUGAACUCACUGGAGCUGUUGAAUAGUCUGGACGAGGAUGCAGCCCAGGCCACCCGUUUGAAGCAUCCUCAAGCUGAGAUGAUUGAGAAGGAUAUGAAACAGCUGCGAGUGCGUGUAUUGAAGCUCCGCGAAGAACAUGAUCGCAUUUACAACAUCACAAGAUCAGAACAGGCUCCCACUGUUAACUGGGGAAAGAUGGUUGAUGAGAAAAUGGCAAAUCUGAACAACAAAGGAUUCGGAGAAGACCUGCCCACCAUCGAAAAUGAUGUGGAAGAGCACAAUAUUUUCCACAGUGAAGUGGAGGCAUUGGCUCCAUAUAUCACUGGAGACAGGGACAGUUUGAAUGGCCAGCAGGCGAGAUACAGCAGGCUAUUGGCAAGCUCCAGUGCUCGUCAGAAGAACCUGCUCAGUCUGAGGGACUACAUGCAGCGCUGCACCAAUGAGCUCUACUGGAUGGAUCAGCAAGCUGAGGAACGGAUCACAUAUGACUGGAGUGAUAACAACCUGGACUACCCAGCCCGAAAGAGGCAGUACGAGAACUUCAUCAGCAAGUGUCUGGAGUCAAAGGAGAAAACCAUCACCCAGCUGAAUGAAGAUGGAGAAGUACUUGUUGAGCAGAACCACCCAGGAAAAAAUAUCAUUGGGGCACACAUGGAUGCUGUCCAUGCAGAUUGGAAGGAAUAUCUCAACUUGCUCAUUUGUGAGGAGAACCACCUCAAGAACAUGGAUGACUAUCACAAAUUCCACAAGGAUGCAAGAGACGCAAACGAUUUGCAGAAGCGCAUGGAGACCGAGAUCAUCCAGAAGUAUAAUCCUGAGUUUAAAGACAUGUACCAGAUGGAGGGCCUGAUUGCUGACUUGGAUGAUCAGGCAAAGGCCAUGGAUCAUUAUGACGAACGUCUGAAAGCUCUUCAGAAGCGCAGCCUGCAGGUGCUACCUCUAAAGUACCGCAGGGAGAAUCCUCAGAAACUGCUCCCUAUUGAGGCUCUGUGUGACUAUGAGACUAACGAGGGUUCAGUUUUGCGAGGAGAGAGGUACACUCUGCUUAAGAACAAUGGGCCCAAAUGGGAUGUGAAGGAUGGAAAUGGCCAAACCUUUAGUGUUCCAGGAGUGUGCUUUAUAAUCCCACCCACUGAUCCUGAGGCUGUGUCCAUCACUGAAAAUCUGAUUAACCAGCACAAAAGCACCAAACAGAAGGUGGCCAGCAGCAGAUCUGCAUUACAGGCUCGACUGUCGGACCUGAGGAAGGAGAGUACAGGCAGUCAAGAUAAACAAGAGCUGCAAUGCCGUCAGCUGAUGGCAGGAUUGGAUAAAGUGAUUGGUGAUCUGGAUAAGCAGGAAAAGGCCAUUUACACUCGAGCGCCCCCACUGGAGCAAACACGUCCUGUACAGGACAGUGCUGACAGGCUACAAGACAUGAAGGAUAUUACUUCUGCUGUUUGUAAGAUAGAGCCAGAAAAGUCUGCAAAAGUGCAGGAGGCUGAAACUUUCCUCAGAUCCACUCCUAAAUGCACAAGUGCACCACAGCUCUACACUAAGGUUGAUGAGACUAACAAAAAAUACAACAAAGUUGACAUGCUGCUAAAGUGUGCAGAUGACAAACUGCAGAAUUCCAAUCGCCUGGAGAACUCUUUGCAGAAUGGCAAAGCUCUACUCUCCACCUAUGAAAACAAACUGGCAAGAGAGGAGGUUGCCCCAUCUGACCUCAGCUCACUGGAGAAGACUCAGCGUGAGUUGGCGGACAUUGCAUCUGAGCUGAGGGCAAAAAGAUCUAUUGUCACAGAGACAGAGCAGAACCUGAGAGCUACCAAGGCUAGCUGUGACAAUAUGGCCACCAAAGUGCAAGAACACUGCCCUGAUGUUGAGAGGCAAGAGGCAGAUUUUCAGAAACUCAAUAAACGCUAUGGCAAUCUCAACAGACAGAUUGAUGCAAGAUCACAAAGUCUGCAAAGAGCCAAAGUGGCCUAUGUCAACUACCAUAAUGACUAUGACAACCUCAACAGUUGGCUCUCACGAAUACCAAACUAUGAGCCACGCGAAACUGACACUAUCAAACAGAUUGAAGCAAAACUGAAAAAUCAAAGAAAUCUGCUUUCCGACAUUGCAAGAAAGGAUUCAGACCUGAACAACGUUUCAAGAAAUGCUCAGCUUUAUCAGCAAGCAGUCAAGGACUAUGAAAAUGAAGCUGAGCGGUUUAAAGCCAUACUUGACCUUGAAGAUGGCUUGGUUCCCCAGACAUACAAAAGGAGCAGACUACAAUCUCCUGCUUUGAGAGUGAAGGGAGAGGAAUCUGCUAUUGAGGCCAAAUUCACUGAAGUAAAUGCUGUGAACAAGCAGAGGUUAAAGAACCUAGAGUUUACUCAAAGUCUUCUUAAUCAGCAACCAGAGGUCACAGUAAUCAGACAAGAUGUCCAGACUGUGAGAUCAUCAGCCCCAGGAGAAGAGCCCUGGAGAGUCAAAAAACAGAUUCAGGAAGAAAUCCAGCGGAGAGAACAAAUGGAAAGGGAAAUUCAGACCAUCCAGAGUGACAUAUAUAUAUUAGAGGGCCAAAAACCACAGGAUACAAUUGUAAAGAAAGAGGUAAUUAAGAAGGUGGCUGACCCUCAACUGGAGGAAGAAUUUCACAAAGUUCAGCAGAAGCUCUCAGACGAACGCAGAAACACUCGUGUCUAUGAGAGUGAACUUGACACCCUCCGCGUUAAGCUUCGCGGGAUUGAGACUGAAAUGAAAGAGGGAGCUCAGCAGUAUACAGUCAAAGAGGUGCUCCGGAUUGAGAGAGACAGGGGGCAGGAGGAAGAACUCAGGAAACUAAGAGAAGAGCUAGAGGAACUCAGGCGGCUGAAAAUAGUCAGAGAAAAUGAAGUCAUUCAGAUUCAGAAACAAGUGACUAUACUUGCAGAGGAGAAAAGCAAGGAACAGGAGAUUAUCACUGAGGAGGAAGUCAUUAAGGUUCAAAAUGACCCUCACCUUGAGAGCGAGUAUAGAUUAUUGCUUGAGAGAAAGCAAAAAGAAAUAGACAGCCGAAAGCAACUCGAAGACGAGCUUCAGUUCCUGCAGGAGAAACUGAGGCGUCUUGAAAAGGAAAAGGCAAUGGCUGAGGAGAAAAUCACUAUAAAAGAGGUCUUGAAAGUCGAGAAAGAUAUUGCAUUGGAGAGAGAGGUAGAGAACCUGAGGAGACAAUAUGAAGAUGAAAAAUCCAAGCUCAGCGCUUCUCUGAGAGAGAAAACAGACCUCCAACGCAAAAUUACUAGCAUUGAGGAAGAGAGGUCAAAGGUCAUCAUUCAAGAGAAAGUGCGCGAGAUUGUGCGACCUGAUCCUAAGGCAGAGACAGAGGUGGCAAAUCUUAGACUUGAACUUGUAGAGCAGCAGAGAAGGUGCAGAGAUUCAGAGCUCCAGUUGAGGUCCCUACAGGAAGAAUUAACAAUGCUGAGGAACAGAGGCCCACAAAUUGAAUACAAAGAAAUUAUCAAAGAGGUCAUCAAAUACAAGACUGACCCAGAAACAGAAAGAGAACUGGAGAAACUCAGGAAUGAAAUUGUGGACAAAACCCACCUAACAGAGAAAACCGAGAUUGAGAUCCUUCAACUCAAAGAGGAGAUUCAGACAUGGAAAGACACCAAGCCUCAGAUUCAGACCAAAGAGGUAGUAAAUGAGAUCCUGCAAUACCGAGAAGAUCCUAAAACCAAGGAGGAGAUUGAGACUCUCAAGCGGAAACUGGCUGAAGAACAGAGGAAACGCUUGGACCUGGAAAGAGAAAGGGCUUCCAAUGAAGAAAGAAUCAGGCUUAAGAAGAUGGACUUAUCACAGGUGAGGGAAAAGAUUGUCCAGCAAGAGGUAGUGAAGGUGGAGGAGGAUCCAGUCUUGAGGUCUGAAUGUGAGACCUUCACUCAAAAUAUCAACAAUGAGCAGAAACAAAGGGAAAUCUUGAAGGAAGAUCUGGUCAGGCUGCAACGUCAAAAGGCUGACCUGGACCUUCAGAUUGCGGAACUGGAACAUGAGCGCAGAGCCCGCAGAGAUUCUGAGCUUGAAAUUCAAAGGUUGAGAGUGCGGCUUAAUGAAUUAGAGAUCAGAGACAAGGAAAACCGAGAAAAGGUUACCGUAAAGCAAAAGGUUGUACUACAGCAGGAUCCUCAACAAGAAAAAGAGCACUCUAUCUUGCGUCUCCAGGUUGAAGAGGAGAGACACAAGCGUAUGCUCUUAGAGAAGGAGUACAAUGUCUUGCUGCAGCAGCUAGACACUCUUGAGAGAAUGGAAGUUCGUGAAAAGGUUGUGCGAACUGAAACAGUUCAAGUCGAGCGAGAUCCAGAGGCAGAGAUCGAGAUUGACAGGCUAAAGAGAAGUCUUGAGGAAGAGACAAGGCGACGACGUGAGUUGGAUCAAGAGCUUAUCACUGUAAACUCAAGGAUUUCUGAGAUUGAGUUCACAAAUACAAAAUCAUCCAAAGAACUUGACUACAUUCGUGAUGAAAGCAACCGGUUACAGCAGGAGAACCAACGCCUACAGAACGAGAUAAGGAAGCUUCAAGCUGAAAUCGAGAUUACAACAAAAGAAACCAGAACCAUCACAGAGUCUGCUCCAGUGGAGAACAGCAGGAACAUGGAAUUUCGACUGGAAUCCUUGCAAAGAGAACUGUCUGACGUUAGACGUGUCAGAAUUGAGAAGGAAGAAGAAAUUGAGAAGCUACAAAAGAGUCUGUCUGCAAUGAGGGUCAAAAGAGAGCAAAGAGAAAGUCAUCUCCGUCGUUCAAUUGUUGUCAUUGAUCCAGACACCGGGAAGGAGAUGAGGCCAGAGGAGGCUUACAAGCUUGGUCUCAUAGAGUGGAAAAUGUUUGUAAACCUUCAGAGUCAGGAAUGCGACUGGGAAGAGAUCACUGUCAAGGGUCCAAAUGGCGAGUCAUCUGUACUUCAUGACAGAAAAUCAGGAAAGAAGUUUGCCAUUGAUGAUGCUCUGAAGGCCGGAAACAUCACAAACCGCCAGCUGCAGCAAUAUCAGAACAAAGAAAUCAGUAUCCAGGAGUUUGGUGUCAUGCUGUCCGGCACAGGCAAAUAAAUCCACUAAUCAGAAAUCAUUACACAUAACCGUUUGUGUUCCCAGAUUGCAGCUGAAGUCUGAUUUUGUAUUCUCUUCUUUAGUGUAUUUAUUUUCAAAUGUAUUCUUAUAUCAAUGGAAAAUGGUAUUCCUUUGGUUAUGGUGCUGAAUUUUGGUUAAGAUUUCUAUCACUGUGUUUCAUUGAAGGUUAGCCAGAGCCAGUUUUAUUCUAAUCUGAUCUGAUAUAUUCAGUGUGUGCUUUAAUGAAAAUGUUACAGCCCUAUCUGUUUCUUUUUAUUAUUUUUCACUUGAUGAAUCAGAUUAAUCAGUUCUACUUUCAUGUUUGAUUUGAGAUUAAAAAAUAUAAU